AUGGCCACCGCAAAGCAGUCCAAUGUGAAUUUAGUGAUCGCUGGAAAAUGGAGACUAGUUCGAAAAAUCGGUGGUGGGUCAUUCGGGGAUAUUUACUUGGGACAUAACAUAUCAAAUGGAGAGGAAGUCGCUAUCAAACUCGAACCCAGUAGUGCGCGACACCCACAGUUGUUAUACGAAAGUCGUGUGUAUCGAAUUCUUCAGUGUCGUUACCGGGCCAUGGUAAUGGAUCUCCUUGGUCCCAGUUUGGAGGACUUAUUCACUUUCUGUGGUCGACGAUUCACUCUGAAGACCGUUUUGAUUCUUGCAGAACAAAUGUUGUGGCGCAUAGAAAAUAUCCACAACAGAGGUCUGAUACACAGAGAUAUUAAACCUGACAAUUUCUUGAUGGGCAUCGGACCCACUUGCAAUCGAGUUUACGUGGUCGACUUCGGGCUUGCCAAAAAAUACAGAGAUGACAAGAACCUUACCGGGACGGCUCGGUACGCCAGUAUCAAUGCACACGCUGGAAUCGAACAGUCGCGGCGUGAUGAUAUUGAGUCCCUUGGCUAUGUAUUUAUGUAUUUCUUACGCGGCCAUCUGCCGUGGCAGGGUCUCAAGGUAUGUGAACUUCGGCAGUUGGCUUUUGUUGGAGAUUCUUUUUCCAAUAUUAAUGUUCUUCGUAUUUCUGACUGCAGUUUCAAGUCAGUCAAGCUUUCCUUCACUCCGCUAAAAUGCUCACAGGCUUUAUAG